AAAAGUUUUAUUAAAUAUUUGGCAACAUAAUGAAAUAGUAAACUUUAGGAGCGGAAGUAUAAGAGGUGUUGCGAUGUCUGCAACUUUAAGACCAUAUCUCACUGCGGUGAGACAUACACUCAAUGCUGCUAUGUGUUUGGAAAAUUUUUCUUCUCAGGUUGUGGAAAGACAUAAUAAGCCAGAAGUAGAAGUGAGGAGUGGUAAGGAAUUAUUACUUACACCUGUUGUCAUCAGUCGAAACGAAAAAGAGAAAGUUUUAAUUGAAGGUUCUAUAAAUUCAUUAAGGAUUAGUAUAGCUGUCAAACAAGCUGAUGAAAUUGAAAAAAUACUUUGUCAUAAGUUUAUGAGGUUUAUGAUGAUGAGAGCUGAAAAUUUCAUUGUUUUGCGGCGAAAACCUGUGGAUGGUUAUGAUAUAUCUUUUCUCAUAACAAAUUUCCACACAGAACAGAUGUAUAAACAUAAAUUAGUUGAUUUUGUAAUACAUUUCAUGGAAGAAAUAGACAAAGAAAUAAGUGAAAUGAAGUUAGCGUUAAAUGCCAGAGCUAGGAUUUGUGCUGAGGAAUUUUUGAAACGAUUUUGAUUCCUUGAACUGCAAAUAAUUAAAUAUUGAUUUUGACUGUUCCAUCAUCAUCAAAGUGGUUUAUCAAGCUGAAUUUGUUUGAAAUAUUAUUAGGUCCAAAAACUGAAUUCAUCAAUAAUCAUAUAAUGAUAUUUAUGUUAGUGUAUGUUUCUUUGUAGAAUAAUUUGAUGUCAAAAUGCAUUUUGACCUGGUGCUUAUUGUUCUUUCCAAUUCUGUGAAAUUUGUGUUAGUUGAUUAUAAUUUGUCUGUUGUAUUUGCAAUGAAAGUAUUCUUUCUGAAAAUUGUAUCCAAAUGAAUGCUUUGAAAUUUAAAUUUGUCAUGUCUUUUAAUGCAUAUUGUUUUCCUUUUGAGAAAAGAACAAAUGUUGAAACUCUAGAUGUAUUAAAUUUUUGCCUUUUAUACAAUUUUAUGAUAUUAAAAUUUCUUUCAAAUGAA